CUAGCGGAGCACAAGCAGAGAGCAGUCAGCCCGUCGUGUCUCUCCCCGAGGCCGAUGGUAAAAUCCAACCUCCAGCGGAUCCUAACAGUCAUUGCUUUUGCUCGCGAGAAAGAAGGAAAACAGCAGCCCUCUACUACCAUGGCGGAUCUAAGUAGUAAUAUCUGUGACAUGAUUGGGAACCUGUCCCUGCACUGUAGUAGUACCCGCCCGGGCCUCUGUGGUGCUCCUGAUGCCCCUCUCCCACCCCUGAAGAUCCCAGGUGGGCGGAAUGGCACACGGGAUCACGCUCCUUCAGCUCGGCAGCUCUACUCAGACCGAAAGUUGACCGUGACGGAAGAGCCAGCUGGGAAUGGUCGCCCUGGGAUACUCCACUUCCAAAGCCGUCCCACCGUUACCAAGACGAUACAGUGGGAUGCUGUCCUGAGCAACAGUGCACUCUAUGUGGAGAUACCUCUUGACCCUCUUCCUGAAGGCAGCAAGGAGAGUUUCGCGGCUCUCCUCGAGUAUGCUGAAGAACAUCUGAAAGUCGUUAGCGUGUUUGUCUGCUUUUACAAGAACAGAGAUGAUCGUGCUAAACUGGUGCGUACCUUCAGUUUUCUGGGCUUUGAGAUUGUGAAACCGGGCCAUGCCCUCGUCCCACCUCGACCCGAUGUUUUCUUCAUGGCCUACAACUUCGACAGGGACUCUUCGGACGAGGAGUAGCCCUCCAGACAACCUCUCACCCCCCUGCUUACAUCUUUUUCUUCCCAUUGUAUGUUUUUCUGCAGCUGUGGUAAACCCUGGGCUGUAGCUCUCUGUAUGCAAGUACUUACCACCCCCCCUCCACAGAGAAUGCGCAAGCUGUGUAUCUCCUGUUUCCAGCAUCUAUCUUUGUGUGUUUUAUUAUAGUAUUCAUUCAAGAUUCGUCGAUGUUGUCACCUAAAAGGAGGGAAUCUUUUGGGGGGUUUUUUUGGACUUACAAUCAUAUUGCAGUUAUCAUAGCUAGUGAAGUUUAAUUUCUUGUCGAGUCUUUGUUUGUUUAUCUCUUUUCAUGGCAGAAUAAGACGGCGGAUUCUUCAUUUCUUGAAUGUACAACAAAAAAGGUCAUCAGGUUUACACUCGGGUACUCCAGCUUUCUUUUGAUUGGCUAAAUGACUUUAAAUUUUCUUUCUCUCUGAAUCGAAAUAGCGAAUGCUCUUCAGCGGGACCAGUUUUAUUUUGUAGCACUAACAUCCUCGCAGUAGUGUUAGCAUUUUACAACUUUUACUUUCGAGCAACAGCCCCAACGAUUGGUACUUCAUAGGCGGAUAGUGAAAUCCUUUUAGACUAGAAGUGGAGUGAGAAGAUGAGUGCUAUUGCAUGUGUCUGACGUAGGAGCUUCAGUUUUCAAGUUCAAGAUCUUUUACUAUGAGUGUAUUUGGUACAAAGUGAAGGGAAAGUGAAUAAUCCAAAGUGCAUUUGCUUCUUUCAGCUGUGUAUAGCUGACAAUAUAUUGUAGAAAUUUUUUGUUUUGGAGGUUGGAAAAAAAUGCUGUGAUGUUAUGAUUGGAUAUUUUUGUUUCUUGGAUUAGCAUUCCUUUAACAUUUUUUUUCCACAAUAGUAUUGAGUUUGUUGUUCACCUGCAUAGUGGUACCUGUUGUGCUUCUGUGAUAAUAAAACAACAAAAACAA